UGAGAGGGGAACUUUUGUCCAGGGUCGGGCAGCGGCCCAUUAAUUAUUCAUGCUGAUGUAUCUGACCGGCCGCCUAAUUGCACCAGGAGGAGCCCAAUUACCCACCGCGUCCUACAGCCGCACUGUCUCACAUUCACAGAAACUGGAAGGUGGAUCACAUGUCAGCCAUGACUAACACUAUGCGUCUUAUUUACAUUUGCACAGCUCAGGUUCAACUCUAUAAACAAACUAUGUUUGUGUCUGUUUAAAUGCUAGUUGGGUGAACAGAAGCUGGCAGGAGUGUGAAAGAGACAUAAAUGUUGAGAGAUAGACUGUGUGUGUGUUUACAGAAGCGCUUGACAAGUGUUUGGUUUCAUUGCUGUGAUCAUGGUAGACAGAGUGGGCUCCAGCGGGGAUGUGAAUAGGAGCUCUGUGACGGAGAAGUUCUUCAUCUCACAUCAAGACCACAGCCAACAGACCAACAAGGAGCCCCUCUCAUUUCUACCUCCCCUUCCUCAUCCUCAUUCAUCUUUACCUUCACCAGUCUCCCCUCCAUCAGAUCUGGCCUACCUGCAAGCAGCAGCCAUUUUCCAGCAGCUGCGAACAGAGAAGACAGCCACACAACAACUUCUCCAUUAUGGGAAGAAGACAGACACACCACUUCCAGAGAGCGAAGACAAAACCACACAGAGACAGGCCUACCAGCUCGCAUUCAACGCGCUCAAAUACCAAGAUUUACUAGAGGACAUCAUUACUGACAGCUGCUUCCACAUUUCUCAGCAUAUUUCCGGCGACUUGUUGCCAUUGGCGAUGGUGAUGCUGUUUGACUUCCAGGACCGAAGGUUUUUGUUGCGGGAACGUUCAUCAAAGGACGGGGAGGAGCCUCUGCAGGAAGUCAGGGACCUGGAGAGCAGUCUGCAGAGGUGUAAGACCAAGCUGGCAGCAUCUCUAGCUCGCUGCAGAGUGAAACAGAAUCUGCAGAGUGUCUCCUGUUUUCUGUCUGAUCCCGUCAGGAGCAAACAACACAGAGCAAAACAUCUGCCCCUGUACGCAUGGGUCAAUACUCUGAAGAUCAGUGUUGAGGAAGUGUGUGAAGUGUUACAAAGCGCUGGCUUGUGUGAAGUGGAGAACAUGAGUGACCUUGGGGAGUCGACGUUCUGCAGAGACCCUCUCUGUCCAGACACACUCGUCUUCUCCCCACAGCUUCACGCUCGGCUCCGCCACAGCAGCCUCACAAUUACACACGUAGUUAACACACAGGACAGAAGUGUGUGUGUGGCAGUCAGCGUGUUACGCCCCCUGCUGUUUGAAAAUGGUGACGUCCUGGUGGUGGGGUCUUUCUCAGCUGUGACUGUGGCUCAUAUAGCUGUCGUGGCCGCUGCCCGCUCCGGCCGAGUGUUGGUGUGUGGUGCUGAUCACACACCUUCACACACAGAAGAGAUACAAGAACUACUCACACAAGUGGACAUCAAAAAUGUGCGAGUCUUGACAGAAGCGUUCUAUGGUCUGGAUGAGCGGGACGCCGCCGUCCAGCGUUUAAAGGUCAUCAUAGUGCUGCCUCAGUGUUCAUCCUCUGCCCUCAGUGACCCUGUGCCCACCAUCCACAGUGAACAUGGAGACUGGGAUCUGCUGCCAGAUUUGUCUCAAGGUUCUGUAUCCCAGAGCAAAAUACACACAAUGGCUACCCAGCAGGCACGACUACUAGCACACGCUCUCUCCUUCCCAAAGGUUCAGACGGUGGUCUACUGCACACGCUCAGUGUAUCCUGAGGAAAACGAACAGCUGGUGAAAAGAGUGUUAGAGAAAACACACACUCACCCCAAACUGCUGCCCUUCAGGGUGAACGGUCCGAUUUUCCCUGAUGACUCCCAGUCAGGAGACACGACAGACUCCAAGUUCUUCAGGCUCGAAACAUCUCAGUUCACCAACGGCUGCUUCAUUGCGCGGCUUUCCCGACAGGCAGAUCCCACUAAGGUGGAAACAGUCCAGGAUGUGCUGGCAAGGGCAGCAGCAAAGGGCCUCCUGGGUGGAUUAAUUCCUGAACAAUCAAACACCAGUAAAAAGGGGAAGAGCAGGAAGAAUCGCGUAGCUUCAGCCAGCAGCAAACCUUCAUCCCCCUCAAACCAAGAGAGGCAGACAGGAAGGGAGUUUGUGAAUGGACAGGACCCAGUCGAAUCUUCAGAACACGAAGAGAAGAAAGGUGAAUGUAGUGAGGAUGAAAAGGAGGGAAAGGGAGGAAAGAAGAGGAGAGGGCUUAAAGGGUGUAAGCGAAAGGUCAAACGACGAACCAACAGGACAACCACAGUCUCAAAGCAUCACCCUAAAAGCCACAAGAAGAAACCAACAAAGAGAAAAGUCAACCAAUCACAUCAGAAGAGUCGUCUGACAAAAAGUAAACCGAGAAGAAUCCCUCGUCUUACACUGACAUUAAUAUCCUCUGCAAAACCCUCCAACCACUUGUCUCCGAUCACAGCCCUUGCACACAAGCUAAGUGACAAUCCAACGAUUCAAUCGCAGCAGACUGUCUUUAGCACCCCUUCCCCUGCCUGUCCUGCUCCACCCACUCCCCAUGCAGCCUCCAAGCAGGUGCAGAGACAAAACACAGAGCCCGAGGGAGCAGAGAAAACACUGAAGGAUGCAGCUCAACCAGAAAGCCCGUUUAAGGCCAGAGGAAAGGUGGUCAGACCUAAGACAGAGGUGGUGACACAGGUCAUGUCGAAGCCUUCAGAUUUUGUUCUGCCACCCAUUUCCUUCCCAUCCUCCAGCUCUCUAAGCAACAGGGGUGGCAGUUCUCUCUCUCAGCGUCCGUCCCGAAUAUCUGCGUCCUCCUCCUCCGUCUUUCUGCCUGGAUUAUAGAAACGUGGAGCUCAUGCUCACUGAUGCACAAAUUAAAUUAUUUAUGUUCUCACACUAUAAUCAUUGUGAUCAUAAAGUAAAUCAUUUUUAAGUAUUUAAUUAUUGUAUUAAGCAUGUCUUUACUUACUGUGUAUCAGAAUGUAUUUAACUGAUUAUAUCAUAAGAUGGCAGCUUAUGAAAGUAAUUAAGUUAAAUUUGACAAAUAAAAAUACGUGAA